CUUUAUUUGGCGCUCAAACUUGUCUGUGCUCCUCAGUUGCGUUUUGGUUUAAGAUUUUUAAAGCCGUUUUACUGAUAAAACAACUAAAAACCUCAAAUUUUUGUCUUAUUAAAAGUAUUUUUCUAACUCUCCCUAAGAACUACUUACAGAAAUCUCAUAAAAACAUCUUAUUCGCCAUGGCAAAAGUUCAACUUUGCAACAUAACAGUUAUGGACAAUCCGAGCCCCUUUCUGAACCCCUUUCAGUUCGAAAUCACUUUCGAGUGCAUCGAGGAACUGAAGGAAGAUUUGGAAUGGAAAAUGAUCUAUGUAGGAUCAGCCGAGUCAGAGGAAUAUGAUCAGGUACUCGAUUCGGUUUUUGUGGGGCCAAUACCCGAGGGAAAGCACAUGUUUGUGUUCCAAGCCGAUCCGCCAAACGUGAGUAGAAUCCCUGAAAAUGAUGCUUUGGGAGUCACUGUGGUGCUACUCACAUGCUCUUACCGAGCCCAAGAGUUUAUUAGAGUAGGAUAUUUCAUUAACAAUGAAUACAGUGAUCCUGAACUGAAAGAAAACCCUCCGAUCCCAACCCAGUUUGACAAGGUGACAAGGAACAUUUUGGCCUCAGAACCAAGGGUCACCAGGUUUAAAAUCAACUGGGAGGAGCCUACCAGUGUGAACGGACAAGAACCGGGACCCUCUGAAAACACAGAUGCAAUAGUGGCAGAAUCUUCCAUGCAAUUAAAUAAUGAAAGUGGGGCUGCCGUUCCUAGUUUCAAUGAAAAUUCAAACUCUUGGGCCACCAUGGAGUGUUCUUAAUAAGUGCCCAGUAUGAACAUUUAAAAGCUAUUUUUUGUGUACAAAGUUUCUUUUGGGAUGAAAAAAAAUGUGCAAGUAAGGUUUUACAAAUUUGGAAUGUAGGAGGACACAUUUUCUUAAUCUUUUUGAAUCAACGAACCAAUGUGGUGCAGAGUAGCGAAUGCUUUCUUGAAACUUGUGUAUAUAAGGCUCCUGUUUAAUGUUCUAAUAGUUAAGUUAUAUCGAAUGUUUGCCAUUAAGCAGUUAUUUCUUAGUUUCUAUAAUUGAUUAAAAAAGAUGUUUUUGAAGAA